CAGAGCUUCGGGAGCGGAGCGUGUGUUCAGCCGGAGCAGGAGAACCUGUGCGCGGACUCUUCUUCACUCUCACCGCGCUCUUCCUGCGGAGCGUCCUGUCAGCCGCAGCCGGAACAGGAGGACCUGUGCUCGGACUUCACUCCACUCUGACCCCGCUCCUCCUCCACCGGAGCUCCGGGAGCGGAGCGUCCUGUCCACCCGGAGCAGGAGGACCUGCGCUCGGACUCCUGUCCGCUGUCACCCCCGCUCCUCCUCCGGGAAAGUUUUUUCCUCCAGCGGAGCCGGAGGGAGUCUCCCACCUCCCGUCUCCAUCACCCCCCACCCCGCCCCUCAGGAGCGCCGCUUGUCGGAUUAAAACCCUCCGCGAUGUCCGGGGCGUACUGCCGGAGCCUGUACCGGUUCGGCGGGGAGCAGCACCAGCAGGGGCUGAGCUUCGAGGCCGGGGAGAUCAUCCAGGUGGUGCAGGCUCUGCCCGGAGGCUGGUGGGAGGGCGAGAAGGAAGGAGCCCGGGGAUGGUUCCCCUCCAGUUAUGUGCAGGUUUUGGAGAGGACAGCAUCCCUGAGUCAGCUUCCCGUGGAGGACCUCAGAGACCCCCUGCCUCCUCAGUGGAAAUGCUACAUGUCUCCACAAGGGCGGCGAUACUACGUCAACACCACAAACAACGAGACGACGUGGGAGCGACCGGGCAGUGCGCCGGGGACGCCCAAGAACUCCUUCCGUCACAAGAACUCGCUGCCAGCAGUGAACGGAUUUCACUCCGGUGGCAGCCCCCUGCACCAUGGGGAUCACUCACACAACAGUCUGGUUCAGAAAGGCAGCACAGAGCCUCAGCAGAGCCCCGGGUCGACGUCCCCCACCAGGAAACAGAGCAAGGAGACCACCAUCACGAUCAACAGCGUGACGUUCCCGUUGCCCGCCUGCAUGUCCGAGCAGCAGCUGCUGAAACCCGACGAGUGGAGCUACUGCGAUUACUUCUGGAACGAUAAGAAGGAUCCCCAGGGCAACGGCUGCAUCACAGGCUUCGAGGUGCUGGUGCACAAACAGCUGAAGGGGAAACAGAUGCAGAAAGAGAUGGCAGAGUUCAUCCGAGAGAGGAUAAAGAUAGAGGAGGAGUACGCCAAGAACCUCUCCAAGCUCUCACAGAUCCCGCUCGCCGGCCAGGAAGAAGGGACUCUUGGGGAGGCGUGGGCCCAGCUGAAGAAGAGCCUGGCCGAUGAAGCCGAGGUUCACCUAAAGUUCUCCUCCAAGCUCCAGAGCGAAGUGGAGAAGCCUUUCCUCACCUUCCGCGAGAACUUCAAGAAGGACAUGAAGAGGUUCGACCACCACAUCGCCGACCUCCGCAAGCAGCUGGUGGUCCGCUACGCCGCCGUGGAGAAGGCCCGGAAAGCCCUGUCCGACCGGCAGAAGGAGCUGGAGGUCAAGACGCAGCAGCUGGAGAUCAAACUCAGCAACAAGAUCGAGGAGGACAUCAAGAAGGCCCGCCGGAAAUCCACCCAAGCAGGAGACGAGCUGAUGCGCUGUGUGGACCUUUAUAACCAGUCCCAGUCCAAAUGGUUUGAGGAGAUGGUCACUACCAGCCUGGAGCUGGAGCGGCUGGAGGUGGAGCGGGUGGAGAUGAUCCGGCAGCACCUGUGCCAGUACACCACCCUGCGGCACGAGACGGACAUGUUCAACCAAAGCACGAUGGAGCCGGUGGACCAGCUGCUGCAGUGUGUGGACCCGGCCAAGGACCGGGAGCUGUGGGUGCGUGAGAACAAGACCGGCGAGGUCCGGCCGGUGGACAUCGAGAUCUGACCUCUGGAAGGACGAGGUGGACGGGAGAUAAAGUCUGUGAUGGACUCACAAACUACCGACCAAAACACACACAUUCCCACACAUACACACACGCACACACACUCACACACACGUGGCUCCUCGCAGACUGAGGGACGAUCACUUUCUAGCUCUCUGGGUCACGACCGGAGUCCGGUGAGAACCCUACAGGAUGAAGGUGGUGCUUGGUGGAAGAGAACCGGGACUCUUCACUGAAGGACACUCAGGUGGUCGAGAAGCAGCGACGCUAAACGAGGAACACGCCUAAAAAUGUCGACUAGCUUUGUGUCGCGCCAGCAGUGUUAUGCUAACUCUACAGAACUGCAACGAUUUUAACAGACGCCGCCGAGCUGAAGGCGUCCAGGCCUGAGAGUUUCGCUCCAUUACUGUGUUUCUGAGUACUUCAAUGCUAGUGAACGCGCCGACGUUGACCGGUUGCUAAGCCCCUCCCCCUUAGCUGAUGUAGCACUGCUAGCCACAAGUUACCAGGAGAAAACAAAGCAGUUGUUGUGUUUUACCAGAACUUUACAAACAGUUCAUACCUGAAGGAAAUAAUAUGUUGCUUCUGUGAGCAGACAUAUGCUACAAAGCUACAUAGCUACAUAGCUACGUAGCAUCUUGUUAGCGAGAGCUAACAACAACCGUAUCAGGACCAGCGGUUUGUUGGUUUUGAAUGUGGUUAAUACUAAAAUUUCCGAAUGUUUCUUAGACUUUAUGAAGAUGCCGCUUUAAAAUGUUUCAGGUUUUUUAACACGUUGACAGUUUUUUUUUUUUUUUUUUUUAAAUGUGAAGAAAAUUCAGGAUCUUACGUGAAAUGAUUGACAAGGAGGAGGGCGGGCUUUAGCAAUCGCUCAAUUUCUGAUGUUUAAAAGAGCAAAAAAUGAUCAGAAGCACCACUUUUGUUUUUCUCAAUUGUUUUGCCGCAUUCCUAAUAAGACUUUAAAAUCAGCCUGUUGCACUUUAUACUGCCAUGAUUUUUUUUUUUUUU